AACGACGUCAGCAUAUCUCGUUCUUUCGUUUUUCGCCUGCUGCGUGCGAAGGAGAGGCAGAAAAAAACGGCUCUCAGCAAAGCAACAAGAAGGAAGAGCAAUGGCGACACUGGAUCGCCAAAUACCAAGUCCGGAUACAUUCCUUUGCGAGCCUUGGUCUUCCUUCGUCAGUGCGGCUAAAUUACGUUUUGUUGACUACGCAGACCCGUCCUUGGAUAACAGCGAGAAAGAGCUUUACUGCCUUGGUGAAGCCGUGAAGCUCCGCAGAGAAGAGAUGCUUGUCUACAGCCAGUUCCCAACACUGGAGGAUUUUUCUCUUGUUGUCUGCCAUGUCUGCAGUAAGGUGGUCACUCCUCAGGGCAUUCUCACACACUAUGAGAAGCAGCACAGCUCCCCAGUCCCCUCCAGGAGUCCUUUUUUGGCCAUGAAGCCCAAAGCAUCCACAGUGUCUCCCGCUGUGGCUCCCAGUCCUGGGGAGACACUGGCGUUCAGGAUACCUAAAGAUUACCCUCACUCCCGCUUCAGCAAGGCUCCACUUGCUGUGUACCCGCCCAAGGGGGCGCGGAACAAGACCUGCGUGUCGCUGCCAGUCGUAAGCCUGGAGAAGAUGCCGUGCCUAAGCCGAGGCGACUCAGCGACACACGUGCGCCUCACAUCUUCCUCUUCCUCCCCUUCCUCGCAUAAGCCUUCAUCCCUCACUACCCAGGCCUCCCAGCGAUCGAGCGAAAAGCUCACAAAUGGUCGUGGCAGCAGCGGACCAUCCACGCCGCGAUCCAUCACGCCUCCAUCCUCUCUAGAUAAGCGGCCCAGUCCAGCUCGCUCCCCGCUGGACAGAAGGGCGGCAUCAACGCCGUCUCCCUCCCCGCUGGAUCGGAAAUCCUCCCUGUCACCCUCACCUUCUCACCGAGCUGUUGCUCUCCCAGCUUUGCCAUCAGUGUCACCGUUGGAGAAGAAGCAACAGAAUGGAACUAAGACUCCCUCCAGGAGUCACAAAAGACUUUCAGGGAGAGUGUUUGAUCCCAACAAGCACUGCGGAGUGCAGGACCCCGAGACCAAACGACCCUGCACACGGUCUCUCACCUGCAAGACUCACUCUUUAACCCACCGGCGGGCUGUCCCUGGCCGAAGGAAACAUUUUGACAUCCUCCUGGCUGAACACAAGGGGCGGGCGAAGGAGAAGGAUGGAGUGAAAGAAAAGGAUAAGGACAAGGACGGAGCGCAGGGAGGGAAGGAAGGCUCCAGCCAGAGUAUUAUAUCUAAAGAGAGCUCGUCUCCCAGCAAGUCUCACUGCCCCAAUGGACGACCUCUCUCCACAUUGAAGCUGCGGCUGGCAAAUGCACACAUACCAAGGGUUCCAGGAGGCUCCUCCACUUCCACCUCAGGUCCUCUGCUCACGGUAGCAUCUCCUGUCCAGGCCCCUAACCCAGAACCAGCUCCCCACAGCUGGGUGACCGCUGCUGGAGAAAGCAGUCGACUUUCCAGCGACGAGGGCGAUGCAGAUCCAGAGGAUGCUGACAGACCUGCUGUUCACUACUCCAGUCAUCACCCGCAGCCUUUAGGGUUUUGCGUAUUCAGCAGCAGGCUGAUGGGAAGAGGCCACUAUGUGUUUGACAGGCGAUGGGACAGGAUGAGGCUGGCACUCCAAAACAUGGUGGAGAAACACCUCAACGCCCAGAUGUGGAGGAAGGUGCCUCUGGCUGCAGAGAGCCUCCUCUCCCCAUCUGGUACAUCCUCCAUACCUUCACAUCAAGCCCCUUCUCCCACCUCUUGUCUGCUCAACUCCCUCUCGUACACCGCCACGUUUCCUCAGUCUGCAUCCACAGCUGGGGUGUUUAACAUCCGAGACUCCCCGCAACCCCAUACCCAAGUCUUCGCGCAGGGCAAAGCCCGUAACGGCACGCAUAAAGCAAGUCGUCCAUCCAAAGACGUGGAGGAACCCGUAGCGGGAACUAAGAAGAGAAAAAAAACGUCCUACUCUUCCUCCUCAUUUUCCUCUUCUUCCUUGUUUCCCACUGUGGAUAAUUACAAAAGGAACGACAGGAGCUUUCAUUCACAGUUACAAAGCUCGGGAGGGACAGCUGCCUCCCCAGCCAAGAAAAAGGGACUUGGUCAUGGGGAUAGCGAACUUUGGAGAAGCUCAGAGGGCUGGCUAUCUAAAGCUGAUGGCCCUCAAAGCCACAUAUCGCAAAACAGUCGUGAACUUGGCAGCACCAGUAUACCCUACUCACCUAACAGGGAACCAACCUCAGCUGCCCACCAACCAAUGGCUCCUCCCACAGGACCCUUAGCUUAUGGGGGAGGAGCAGAAGGGAGGAAGAGGCGAAGUCCCAGCUCCUACAGAGGAAAGGGCAACAAGCUGAGCAGACUGGGUGGGUUAGAUAGCCUCUUUGGGAAUGGAAGCGAUAGCGGGGGGAUACUAGCUUCAGGGCCUGAAUCCCCAAGACAGGCCAAGUUGCAUCACUGACAGAAACCUGUUUAAUGGACAGAAUGUUGGGCAGCUGUUCAGGCCACCACCGUUUGUGACCUUUGACCUCACCGCUCUUCCAGUUCCAGCACCAAUCAGACUGCUUCAUCAUGUCACAUCUGUUUUAUCCAAAAACAGUUCAGUUCACCUGCUGUGACAGCGGGACUCUGAAGUCUUUGCCCACAGUUGGCUGGCAGUGGCUUCCACCACUUAUCCCUCAGUACGGAUCAUUUUGAUGGAAAGCUGCUCCGCGCCGUUGUGGUCUUUACAGAACAGGAUUUUAAAAACCUUUUAUCCUCCUGAUAAGGGAAUUUUAAGGCACUGUUAAUGACACCACCACUGUUGACUUUUGCAGGGGGAUAACCAGAGUUUAUUUUCAGAAAUCUGAGUGGAAAGAUAACUAUGAUUUCUUUGGGGGAGUUUGAUGUUUAAAGGACCUACUGACACGGCUACUGUAGGACUCAGACUUCAGCUAUGCCACCUCAGUGGCUCCACCCCUUUUUUGUGUUUCUCUAUUUUUUAUUUGUAUUUUUUUCUUUUCCUUUUGCUUUAAAAAGAGAUGAGCUGGGUUUUAUCCAGCAUUUACCUCUUCUUUAACCCCUUUCUUUCUGUACCAAAUAACGUUGUCCAUUUCUCUAUUUACUGUCCCCCUGCCCCCCAAUGCUCCCUGCUCAUCCCAGCAUGCCUGUGUUCAAAGUGCACUUACUGCCCUCAGUUCACCUUCCUUCCUUGUUCGCUGAUUCCAGAGCCAUCUCCAGCAGUGCCACACAAGAACCUGUUCAGACAAGGGAAGAAGAAGACAUCUGUGUUACCAACAACGCCACAUCAAUGCAUUGUAUUUCAAUAUAGGAAGAAGUCAGAUUUAACUUAAGAAUGUUUUUGUAUUUUUUUCCCCUUCGUCCUGGUUUAAACAUUGCAAGAAACUCCUGGACUUGCAUCCAAAAAUGGAAUUAUUGUUAUUAAUAUUAAGGUGUUGGAUGGCGCUU